AUGAAAUCGAUUAUUCUGAUUUUAAGCUUUUUGUGCUGCGUUUUUAGCAGCAAGUUAAUUUCUUUAAAACUUAAUGAAAUAAAAUUUGAUGAAAAAACAGAUAAUUAAUACUUUGCAUCUAAUAUGCCACUUUAGCAUAGAUUAAGGCAUUAAUAAAGCUUUGAAUAAGAUAAUCUUACUGAAAUUGACCUUACUGAUAACUAUAAGUCUUACUAUUAUGUAAAUCUGUAAAUAGGAUCACCUCCAUAAAAUUUUAAAUUAUCUGUUGAUACAGGUUCUUCUGAUUUAUGGGUAUAAAGUAUAGAUUGUAAAGAAAGUAGUUGUGUGAAGCAUUAAAGAUUUAAUUAUACAGCAUCUAAUACAUUUAAAAAGACAGAUAGAAAUUUCUCAAUUCACUAUUUAGGAGGAGAUGUUAAAGGUAAUGUUAGUUAGGAUAAACUGACUUUUGGAGGUUUCACAAUUAACGACUACUGUUUUGGAAUGGCAUAUCAGUCUAGUACUCUAUUUUAAUAAGUUUCAUUUGAUGGUAUUUUAGGACUAGCAUUUACAUCUAUUUCAAGUAUAAAAUCUCCAACAGUAAUUGAUAUGCUAUAUCAGGAAGGAAAAAUUAGUGAGAAUUCAUUUUCUAUUUACCUUUCUUCUAAAUAAAAUACAAAUGAAUCAGAAUUGAUAUUAGGGGGAUUUAAUCCUAUUUAUGCUGAAACAGAAUUUAAAUUUUAUCCUAUUUAUAAAGAUUAUCAAUAUGUCCUGAAAGGGAACUAUUUAAAAUUCAAUAAUUUAAAAAUUGAUGUAAGCACAGUAAUUAUUGAUAGUGGAACAAGCACAAUUUCUGGUGAUGAAAAUAUAUUAGGACCAAUCGCAUAAGCAUUUCCUUCUACAAUAGACUGUUACAACAUUACAGGGUUUCCAUCUAUUUUCAUCAAUUUUGAUGGAGAUGAUUAUGAACUUUUACCCGAAGACUACAUUUAUUCUUACACAUACAAAGGAGUGUUAAAUUGCAGAUUGGGCAUUAAAUAUUUUUAACUUAAAAACCCAGGCUAAAUUAUCCUUGGUGAUACUUUUAUGAGAAAGUAUUAUACAUACUUCGACAAAACAAAUAACAGAAUAGGAUUUGCAAAGGCUGCUUAAAAAUAAACAGUUUAAAUUUGA